AGUCUGCAUGCAGUAAUGCCCAAUCUGGUUGACAAAACUCUCACGGACGUCUUCGAACUCAAGCGGCCGUUGCUGACCUUCACGUGGGACAAUAUACGGGCGCAUGAGAACGUUGUAUUCGAGGUUAUCACGGUGAACAUGGUGAUAAGAAGCAUGUCUACCAACGUGCCCUGCGUGGUACCGGAGCCUGAGAAUCAGAACGAGGUUGCACCGUUAAUGGCUGACGUCCCCGAGGACGACGAAGAGUAUAAAGAAAUCAUUGCGGAAAAUUUACAUCCCCGGAGACUACGUUUAAAGGGGCAGAUGAAGUACGUUCCGGAGUGGGAGGGCUAUGUCUUCCUUGCAACACCUUUCAUGCCGAACCUGGAGGCCAUGUUCCACACCGGCCUGUACAUCAACGAUCUCAGCAUGUACGACUCGAGCAGAGACCUGGUGUUAGCUGGUACGCAGCAGUCCGCUGAACUGAAAAUCGCCCUGGAUCAGGAGCUACAAAAGAGCGCCCAGCUCGAGCAGAGCAUGCGCAAACUGGACCAAGAGAUGAAGCGCACCGAUUCGUUGCUGUACCAGAUGAUCCCCAAAGCUGUAGCGGAUAAGCUGAGGCGAGGGGAACCAGCGACAAGCACGUGUGAGGUAUUUAAAGACGUCACGAUACUGUUCAGUGACGUGGUUGGCUUCACGCAUAUAUGUUCACGCAUUGAGCCGAUGCAGGUUGUCGCCAUGCUGAAUGCAAUGUACACGAAGUUUGACCAACUCAGUGAAGCCCACGAAGUCUACAAGGUUGAAACUAUUGGUGAUGCCUACAUGAUCGUCGCUGGUGCUCCGCUUGCAACGAAGUUCCACGCGGUGCGUGUUGCCGAGAUGGCGUUAGCUAUGAAGAGGGACAUUGGUUCCCUGCAAGAUCCCUCAACCGGCCAGUCGUUGCAGAUUAGAAUAGGUAUCCAUUCGGGGAUGGUCGUUGCCGGAGUGGUCGGCCUGAAGAUGCCCCGCUAUUGCCUGUUCGGUGACACGGUCAACACCGCCUCGCGUAUGGAGUCCACGGGUGAAGCAAUGAGAAUACACCUCAGCGAGUCGACACGGGACUACCUGGAACAAUGGCCAUUCUAUAUCCUACUAGAGAGACCAAUGCAGACAGAGGUCAAGGGCAAAGGUCACAUGAAGACGUACUAUUUGAUGGGGAAGGAGGCGGUGGAUGACUCGGACCUGCCCGCCGGUUUCUCUGGGGACGAACACAUGAACGCCUCAAGGAGCUCCCUCAACUCAUCCACAGAGUCACUCAGAAGUGCAAUUAGUAAAGGACGGGGAUCGUUCGAGGGUGGAGGUCAUAGGUCACUGAUGUCUCCAAGCUACACCCCGGUCAACCUAGACGCGGACCGGCCGCGUUCAGUGCUUUCAGGCAUCGUAGAGAGAGACACUCUGGAGGCGCCCAACCCGCACGGCUCUCACCGGCGCAUAGAGGGCGCCACCUCGCCCAAGAACCGGCACAAGGAGAACGCCGCCCUUAACGUCAACAACUCGCGGGGGAGUUCAGAGGUCACGCACGACGUGCCGGUUGUGAAGAUCCGGGAUGAAAUGAGGGCGUCGUUGGAGGAGAAAGUGAACAACAACCUCUUCGACCCGGGCAAGAACCAGACCAAUCUGGACCCGGUGGGCGGUGCCGAGAUCAAGCCGCCCGCAAACAAUAACUCCUCCCAAGAGGUGGGCACGCCGAACGAUUACAAGUCCAACGUGAAGAAAGGCAACGUGUCGCCCAUCAGCAGCACGACAAACUCGCACGUGCAACACAGCACAACGUGUGUCCUUAUUUAGGCCAAGUGCAGUUAUUCUCAAAUUAUUCAAAACGUCAGAUUUAUAAGAGAUAGUUUUUUGAUAAUGAGAUGCGAUGUCACACUUCAGACAUGCGCACCAAGUCCGGACUCGUCGCACAAAUACGCAUGCGCAGUAUAGCCGGAUUGGGUUACCUUUUUCCGGAAUGUGGCUGGGUCCCAUUCUCUUGUCUUAAGCUUUUGUCUUGGACUUUUACGGUUACGCAUACAAACUGCCUACACUACGCAGCCGUAGCUCUGGAAGCCCGUUGCGGUCACGGCCUGUCUUAGUUUGUUCUGAACGGAACCUUACGAUUUGCACAUCUCCCUUGCUCAAUUUCACACCUAUAGUCGCACCUGACCCUAUAUUCUGUUCUCGGCACUCGGUAUGUUGUGUGCGGCACUUCACAAUUCCAAAGAGUACAAUGUAUCGAGCAAGCACUUAAUGCUAUGCCUACAGGUGUAAACACGCGAAAGACUACAAAAAACGGUCUUUUUUCCACAAAAGUCCGACAUUUUACCUGUGAGGCUUUACAUGUACUGAUUAAUUUCCAGGUACCAUGCAAGCCCCACUCAUAUAUUUCAGAAUAACUCAUAAUACAGACCUAUUAAAGCCUACGGUAUACAAGUGUAUACGUUUUUGUAUCCCUUCCUGGUUUCUAAGAUCCCCAGUAACGGCAUUGUAUUCAAAGUACAGGGCGAGUUUAAAAAAAAAAGAAAAAAAAAGCGAAACCCAAAUGUCGGGACCAUUGUUUAAGUGAGGUUCUGCAUGUAGCAC